UGUAGCUUAGAUAUGAGCUUAUUUACAGGUUAGCCGCCAGUACGCGUCGCCUCGCUGUGUGUCCGCCUGUCGGGCCGUGUACGUGGGGACGAGCCGGGCAGCACCGCCCAUGAGCCGCAGACACAACUUCCAGCUCGUGUAGCAUAGUCGGCGCGGCGCUGCAGGAAACGGACUAUGUCGGCUAAUAAAACAAAGAAAGUCAAAAUGGCUACUAAAUCUUGUCCUGAGUGCGACCAACAGAUUCCAGUUGCGUGCAAAUCCUGCCCGUGUGGGUUUGUGUUUAUUAGCAGAAAACUGCUAAAUGCCAAGUUAACAGAGCGCUCCCCAGCCAUAGCAGAGAAGCUGGACUUAAAACGUAGGAGGACAGAGCGCAUUCGCCGAGAGCGGAUCGACUCUCCUCUAACCAGUGACAUGGAGAACAGGAGAAGGUCCCGAGCCAACAGCCAGUCAGAUCCAAUCCGCAGGGGCCGGGGCAGACCAAAAACUGUGGGGCUGAAGAAACAGGAAGAGGAGAAAGAGAAACAAGAGAAGGAGGUGGAUAUUUACGCUGGUCUCUCUGAUGAGAAGGCCUUUGUGUUUUCUGUGGCCUUGGCUGAGAUCAACCGGAAGAUCCUGGGUCAGAAACUCAUCUUAUAGAAAAAACUAUGAAAAACUUGAGAAACCCAGCACACAGGACCUACUGUAGGAAAUAUUUUAAUGAGGACGACCAAAGAGGACAGAACUGGAUGGAGCUAAACUUUGACCUGGACUUGCUUCACUUGGAUAAUGAUGAAGAUGAUGGAUUUUUUUUAACAGGAUUCUAAACAUACUGUCAACGAUUCCUGCUAUGUGCAGUACACAGCAUGUGUUUAAUACAAAUACGUAUAGACUCUGUCAGGUCACUUUAUUUAAGAUACAUUUUUCUUCAUUGUGAGUGCUGAUGUUUAAAGUCAGAGAAAGCUGCAGUCUACUCAUGGCAGUGUCCAUAUUUCCUUCAGUGAUACAGAAAUUCACACAAGUAUUUCUGAGACUGUGAGGUUCUGCCUAUGUAGUGAAUGAGUUGAUGACCACAGCAGAAUGCCAUAUAUAACUGUAUAAUGUGAUGCUAUCACAAUAUACUGUAUGUACCAUAAACACAACAUGCAACCUGAAUAGGGCAGGCUGUCUGGGCUCAAACAUCAUUCCUUACAAAUAGUUUUUAAAUCGUCUCAUCUUAGUGUUUUUUAUUAAUUAAUUAAUUCAUUAUUAUUUAAUUAUUAUAUGAACUCAUCCUGAAAAAUCAAACCUUUAUUUGUUAACACAAUGAACAGUUGACCAGAGACCAAGAGUUGGAUAUUAUAUAUAUAUACAUUAAGCGAAACAGCAAGAAUUCCAUCUGCAAUGUUUUGUUUGGUUAUAACUGCUGAUCUGUUUAAUUCUCUACAAGUGUGGCUCAUCUCAAACCUAUUGAUAAAGUUUAUUGAAAGGGAUUUGACAGGUUUGUAGCUUAAAAAUAGUUCAGUGGUCAAGAGAUGCUUUGUAUUUCGCAAGAGACAUAACCACCCAGUUCUGGCUUUUUAGCUUAGUUUUAGAAAAUAUUUUUUUUUACCGACAGCAGUUUUAAAUCUACUUUUUAGUAUGGCUUGCUUUCAGGUUUAGUUUCAUCUCAGGGAAAGGUAAGGUGAAAUAAACAGAACACACUCUGUGGGUCAAAUCCAGCUGCGGACAUGGAGAACUGUGAAUAAAAGAAAAAGUGAUCCAACAACUCUGUCUACAAUAAAGCUGACCUCUGGAUGUAAA